AUGCUUCAGGUUGCGAACCUCUGAGAGGCAGCCGAAGUGAGCAUGUGCACACAGAUUCGUCUCCCAAUGGCACAGCAGCUACUACUAGGAAAAUUAUCUUGAAAAGACCUGAAUGCAUAAGACUAAAGUUAAAGUGGAAGUGAGAACAACAACAAAAGCAAACAGCAGACUUUUGCUUUUGACGGAGACUAAGCCUUUUGAAGCCAAAGAUUUUAAAGUGAUGGUGAUCAGAGCAGUACCUGAAAGAGACUAACACUUCCAUUUCAAGCUUUGGAGCACGUGACAUUUAUUUACUCAGGACAGGCAUGCCAGUGUUAGCCUCGUAACUUUCGGACAGAAAGAGACGUGGAGAAAAGUCCCUGACCCAGGAGGCGAAAGCAGUUCAGAGGGGAUCGGAAUCCACUUGGCGCAGGAUGAACUAUACUCGCCCCCGGGGAACGCACGCCUCUCUCCACUUCUGGAACCGCAGCACCCACGGACUGCGCAGCAAUGCCAGUGAGUCCCUCGGAAAAGGCUACUCUGAUGGAGGGUGCUAUGAGCAACUCUUUGUCUCUCCCGAGGUGUUUGUGACUCUGGGUGUCAUAAGCUUGUUGGAGAAUAUCCUGGUGAUCGUAGCAAUAGCCAAGAACAAGAAUCUGCAUUCGCCCAUGUACUUUUUCAUCUGUAGCCUGGCUGUGGCUGAUAUGUUGGUGAGCGUAUCAAACGGAUCAGAAACUAUUGUCAUCACCCUGUUAAACAGUACAGAUACAGACGCACAGAGUUUCACAGUGAAUAUUGAUAAUGUCAUUGACUCAGUGAUCUGUAGCUCCUUGCUUGCAUCGAUUUGCAGCCUGCUUUCAAUUGCAGUAGACAGGUAUUUCACUAUCUUUUAUGCUCUCCAGUACCAUAACAUUAUGACGGUUAAGCGGGUUGGGAUCAUCAUCAGUUGCAUCUGGGCAGCUUGCACAGUUUCAGGCAUUUUGUUCAUCAUUUACUCGGACAGCAGUGUUGCCAUCAUCUGCCUCAUCACCAUGUUCUUCACCAUGCUGGCUCUCAUGGCCUCUCUCUAUGUCCACAUGUUCCUCAUGGCCAGACUGCACAUUAAGAGGAUCGCUGUCCUGCCGGGCACCGGCACCAUCCGCCAAGGUGCUAACAUGAAGGGGGCGAUUACCUUGACCAUACUGAUUGGGGUCUUUGUUGUUUGCUGGGCCCCAUUCUUCCUCCACUUAAUAUUCUACAUCUCUUGUCCCCAGAAUCCAUACUGUGUGUGCUUCAUGUCUCACUUUAACUUAUAUCUCAUACUGAUCAUGUGUAAUUCCAUCAUCGAUCCUCUAAUCUACGCCCUCCGGAGCCAAGAACUGAGGAAAACCUUCAAAGAGAUCAUCUGUUGCUAUCUGCUAGGAGGUCUUUGUGAUUUGUCUAGCAGAUAUUAAAUGGAG